AUGUCUGAUACCUGCAAGGAAGAGGAAGCGCAGGUGGGAGAACAUCAUCAUACAGAGGAGGAAUGGGAAACUGAUAAUAAGGAUUCUUCGAGUAACAAACAGACGACGACUCGAGACUUAGGGAUACCGCAGCAGGCUUUACAAACAUCUGCGGACAAUAAGAAUAUAAGUGGAGACGGGGAUGGUUUUUUACUGAAAAAAAUUAUUGUUGACGACGAACGCCAUUCAAAAGAAAGCGUUAGUAUUGUUGAAGAUGCAGUUAUUGGUUUAUCAUAUCAGGAUCAUAAUUAUGGAAGACGAUCUGGAAAUGCACAGAAAAAUGAUGGGGAAAAUGGAGAGAAAUUUCCUAUCAUUGGUGGACUUGCUUCUUAUAUCGGAAAUGAAAUCAGUAAAGUCCCUGCGGGUCAUCACUUUCGUGAUACAAACUUGGGACACUUUUCAAGAUCGCACAACAGUGGGACGCAUUAUCAAAAGAUUUCGGGGAUGGAUUCACGUACAUCUUGUAGAAUCUAUUCUGGUGGCAUGGGUGGAUGUCGAACGAGUCAAAUGCGAAGGUUACCAGCUUCUACUGGACAGAUAUUUCCCCGACAAACCUCGAUCACUGCUACUCAGAAUUACCGAAUACAUCGUCGAGGAGUAACUCAAAUAUCGGCUAAUAGUCAUAGUGAUAUAUUGUUCCGCUCACGUCACUUUGUCGGUUCCGGUGGAACAUUUGCAACAUCAACAUCGUCGAACAAAAGAGUUCUUCGACCAGCACAUCCUCCAAAUCCUGUGUUAUCAACUUGCCAUCAAAGCAUACGUCAGAUAAUUCCUGCUAGUAAAUCAGUUUCGGCAACAAUGCCUGCUUAUGCAAUGGCAGUUAAUGCAACAGGUGCAAAUUCUGAAACACAUGCCACGGACAUGAGUGUCGGUUUGGCGCCGUUCCUCGUACCAUCUCGACGGCCUCGUCCCGUUGUCCGAAACCGAGCGCGAGCAUCACGUCAACCAGAUAAAGGAACAGAGCUGUUAAUACAAAAACUUGUUGCCAGUGAUCAGCAGGUAGACAAUGCUCUUCACGCUGAAAAGCAGCCGUCUAACGUUUUUACUGCUUCUGGACAACAUCUUCCGAAAAAUGUGAUUCGUAGCAGUGGAAUUGUCAAGCAGCAGUAUAUUAUGGCAGAGCCUCUUGAACCUUGUCAUGUCCCUCGUCUUCAGCAUUCUGCUCAGCAGCGUGCAGUUCCAAAUGAUUUGGCAAUAAGUAUGGUUGUGGAUGAAAAAUUAUCACCAGAAAGUCUUCAUAAUUCAGCAGUUCAUUGUAAAGAAGAAGAGCAGAAAGCAUUUUCACAGAGCCAUCUUUCUAGUGAUUCUCGUGAAUCAGUUUAUGUCAAUAGCGAUAGCAGAAUGCAUGAUCUUCAACAAACCGCUCAAACUUCUACAGUCCUUUCUCAUCGUUUGCAGCAAGACAUCGGAAAAUAUGUUGAGGAGCAUUAUCGAAAGUCAGAGAAGGAAUCAUUCGUCGCUAAUUCUCGUCAUCUUUUUACUCGACAACUCGAUGAGCUCCAAAUACGACAGUCCAGACUCUGUCAUUCCGAAACCUCUGCAUCCGACAGCUCCAAGAAAAUGAAAGAAAUGGAUCGCUUCGGUCAGCAGUCUGUAAUAAAUGUUUCAGGUUUUACUUUCUAUCGACAGAAAUCAGUAUCACCGGGACAUGUCGCAUUUAAUCAAAAUCAUGGGUUUGAUUCACAGCAUUCAACAUCGGUUGAGGUAGAGACCCCCGUGUUGCCGUCCAAAAACAGAACAGAAAGUGAUGAUAUCCAAACAGCAUCUGACGGUGAAGUUACUUUGAAAAGAUUUGAUCAUGGAACUCCCUCAGUUGAAGAUAUCUUGAGUAGAGAAGGACCUGUAUUUAACGAAGUAUGUAAUGAGGUUGUGGAGCAGCGUAUUUCUGUUGCAACGCGUUCAUCAAUUAGCGGAGCUGAGGAGGAGACGAGUGUGAAUGAUUAUGUUGAUGAAAAAGAAACAGAAGAUGAAGGUUUUCGAACCACCAUAGUAACUACGGGUGUAGAUUCAUCAUCAAACAGCAACAGUGAAGACGACUGGGAAGAGGAAUACACUACACGUUGUUACUGUGGUUUGAAUCAUAACGAUGAAUUCAUGAUACAGUGUGAUGUGUGCAAUGUAUGGCAACACGGCAAAUGUGUGGGUAUUGAUCGACGUCGAGUACCAGAUACUUAUCAGUGUGAAGAAUGCAAUCCACGUUUGUUGAAACUUAGCAAAACUCAGGCACGGGAGAUGCAGUUAAAAAUACUUGCUCGAUAUCGCAAAGAAAAGGAAAAAAAACGUCGUCAAAGAGCUAAAGGGCGCUUUAAAAAGAGAAUUCAGGAAAAAUCUGAAGGAACGAAGAUAAGACAAGUAAAAAAGAAUUCAUCGAAAGAUUAUAUCGAAUGUUUCAAAUAUGAAUAUACGAGAUCUGUCAUGGCAUUUUCACGCAGACACGAAGAUACGGGUGAUCCUGCAUUACUGGAAGCGUUGCGAAAUGGUGAGGGUGUAAGUGUUAUGUAUGUCACACAGUGGUCUAUGGGAUUGGUUUCGACACGGCUAUACCAUGCUGAUGAGCCGGUAAUAUAUAUUUGCGGGCGUGUAUCGCUUCCCUGUGAAUGUCAUGGUCGAGAAGAGCCGGGAGUAGUCAUACCUUUUGUCACUUUGUAUAGUCACCUAGUAGUUGAGGAAAGCAAAGAUCCUAUACCCAUUUGUAUUGACGCUCGUCGCUUCGGUUCGAAAGCUCGGUUUGCUCGUGCAUCUUGCCGACCAAAUAUCAAAAUGCAACAUUUCUUUUUGAACGGCAAAUUGCAUAUUAUCGGUAUUGCUGUUGGGAAUAUCGAACGUGGUGAAGAGAUUACUGUUCCAUUUGAUGACGAUUACUAUUUGUCAAAGACGAAGCUAAUUUGCGCUUGUUCAGCAGACGACGAGCAUGAUGGCAAUGUGGAUUGCUUAGUCCGCAACUUUAAUCGAAUGCUUAAACAAAAACAAAAUUCAAUUAGCGAUAAGGCUUUAAACACAACUUCGAAUCCAAUGAUAAAUUUUGAUACUACCUCAGAAGAUCAUACCGAAAAGCAAUAUAUGGAUGUAGAAGUCGGAAAAGUUCGGGCAUUUAUGAAGUCUAGAAAUACUACAAGUGGAUCUCGAUAUUCUUCUGUAACAUUUUCAUCCAGAGUGACUGCAUCUGAUUAUAUUGGUGAAGUUAAUACAAUGGUCGAAACAGCAACGGCUGUAACACCUACUACAGAAGAUGAGAAUACAAUUAAUAAGGAUGUAUUACCAGAGAGCUCUGUAGAAAUACAGCUCCAUACUCGAACUACUGUAAAUGGUUCUUCACGAAAAGCUCGAAAAAAGCGACCAAAGAUAUCCAGCACUACAUUAUACAGGAGAAAAGGUGGCAUCAAAUUACGCUGUCGUGGAGCAGCUAAUUAUAGAACUAUGGAAAUACGACAAGAUGCAUACACAAAUGAUGAAAGUAUUGGUGUCAGCAAGGGCAUGGCGAAUGUCGACAACUCACUAAAAAAAGAAACUUGCUUAUUUAGUGACAAAACGAGUUUGAAAGUAGAGGAACAGUAUAAGGAAAAGCGGCAAGUUGGGUCAAGUAAAGAGUGCGAAGGACAGUUCAUGGAAUCGGGUAAAUUUAUCACGGAAAAAUUGCGAGCACAUGCAGAUGCUAAUGAAGGGAUUGAAAAUGUGCAAAAAUCAAGUGCAGUAGAGGCAGGACCGGUUGUUGCGAAGAAUGUUGGGAGACCCAGAAAGAAACGGAGAUCUAUUAGUGCAAGAGUUGCUAAUGUAGUUAAUUGGGCAGGGGAAACUGAUGGAAAUGAAGACUUACUUACUUUGGAUAGUUCAGCAAUAAAGAUGCAUAGUAAAAGAAGCGAUUUGCUGGAGGAAAUUGAAGCUGUAAAUUAUAUGCUUCCCGAGGAGCGCAAUAAAGCGAUGUCUCGAGAAGAACGCAAAGUAUUACAAGAGCUUGCGCUGUUUGAACGUAUGCAGCAGCGUGAGGCAAGGCGUCAGCAACAUGUAGUCUCUGCACGCGGAUCUGGAAAUACCGGAGGCACGCGCUGUCGUGCCUCAUCCGCUAAUAACCCAUUGCUGGAUUUUGCAAAAGUUGCGAAGGUUACGGAUAGUGCAAAUGAUGGGAGCAACUCAAGAAGCAGACAGCGGUACCAGAGUAGCACAAAAAAGGCUAAAAAUGCUAAAGGCCGACGUCGUGUAGCAAGCUCUGAAUGCUCUUCAACGGCAGCGCUGAAACGAAUUCGUACGAUGAGCGAAGGUGCAAAAUGGCGAGAGAAGUCUGAAGCAGAGCAAGGUUUAAACAAUGAUUUGGUUAGAAAGGCAAUCUCUUUUUCCCCUCGUGCUCAAAGCUUCAUCACUGAACUAAACUCAGAAUCCAAAAUGAACGAAAGCGUGGAAGAUGUGAUUGGAAUGGUAGAAAGGCGAGAAUUGGAUGUGUCCACUAAUAAUACCACUGUGAGUUGCAAAAGUUCUUUGCUAUGUGCAAAGCGAGAAAUUCAAAACACAGAUCCCAUUGAGGACAGCGGCAUGGCUACUUGCUUUACCAAUGAGAAGCAUAUAAAAUACGAGGUAGAGCCACUGCCGAAAAGAAGACGUGAAAGUCAUGGUAUAAAUAACAAAAGUGAUUCAGAUGUGCCAGGAAAAGAAUUAUACGGCUCAAAGCUCGACUGUACUGAUUCGUCGUUUGCUCUUAAACAAGAACAAAUUCGUGCUUUGUUCCGUAAGAUGGUUGAAAUUGAGGCCACUUGUAAACCAUCGGAUUUUUCGUUGGAUUUCCAAAAGUUGAAGGCAGUUCAGCUCCCUUUAACUUCUUUGCAUUCUGAAUGUGGCAAAAAUCAAAUGAAGGUUGCUGAAGCUCCUAAGAAAAAGAUGUCACUGGAUGAAUAUAAAAGAAGGAAGAGCUCAAAAACUACUGCCGAUUCAGAGAAAACACCUGCAAUUGCUAUCGAAAAGACAACAGAAGACAAUGAGUAUAAACAGAUGCCAUUAUCCCGUUCUUUCAUUCCAUUAAUGACUGCUAGUGGUAUUGGAAAACGCACUUCACUUCGUCUUGGUGCUCUUCCUGAUCCUGUACAGUUACGCGCAACUCCAACGCUUUCAAUUGAUGACCUGAAACGUCGCAUUUAUCGACGAACGACAUCUUCAAAUACAGUAACCUCUAAUCCUGAUGGUUUGUCACUUUCUUCCUUAGUGCGGAAGAAUGCUUCGCAUACCUCACCAGGACAGUGCUUUGAGGAAGGACCAGUUUCAUUUGCAUCCUCGUUUUCAUCAACAUGGCGAAGAGAACUGCCGUCAACCGUGGCUUCCAAUAAAGACAAGAGACUCCCACUCGAAGAGCGAUUACGCCUAGUAUUGGGCUGUGGUGAAAGGUACGCUGGUAAGUACAGUUCAUCUGUAUCUCCACCAGCUGCUCCUCCACCACCUCCACCGCCUCCUCCUCCUCUUCCUAUCAAGAAUUCAGAGAUACCAAGAUUGAGAUGCGACCUCUCUGCUGAUGUUCAUUCAGAUAUUCCUCUACCGCCACCACCACCGACGCCUACUCCAUCUUGCAGUCAACCUGAUCAAUGUUCAUGUGAAGUGCAUGCUUUUGGACCCCGUAGAGGCUGA